AAGUACAGGGGGUUCUUGUUAAAAAUGGUAAGGGUUAAGGUUAGUGUAUGGUUAGGGUAGGGGUUAAGGUUAGAGUUUAGGGCACAGGCGUCCCAAGGAUCUCGGAUAGGGCUAACCAGUACAGGGACAACAGCGCGCAUUCGUGUACUGUCUCUUUAAAUGCGUAAUUUUGCUCUGCUCAUGCUCGGAGCUUUGUCCAGGAGUUUCCCUGUCGAAAACCAGCUGUGCGAUUAUCAUCACGUGAGGAGGGGAGUCGUGUUGUUAUUCAUCGGUGAAUAUCGCUUUCUCUGACAAGGAUUACAAUAAUUUUUAUGCAAAUAAGCGUCAUUAUCUUCAGUGAAGGGGUCUAAACUGAAAGUGGGAAAAAGCGGAACGGAGAACGGUCAACUUGAUCUAUUUGUCGGGGUUGCUGCAUUCUCCACCGCAGCGAACAACAUCCACAACCGACUCUUGCAAUGGAAAUUGGGAUCCAGAACUAACAUCCCAGGAUCAAUCCUGUGACCUUUUAUUUUCUUCCAGUUUUUCGGGAAGCAUUAGGAUGGUGAACUUGAAAAUUGCUUGGAAAAUACUUAAUUUAGAAUACAACUUAGAAAAUACACCGAUUUUCUUUGGUUUUUAAAAUGGCUUCUUAGCCUCUGGGAAUAACGCUGUGAGCAUUCAUUAACGUUAGUUCAAGAAAGUUUAAUAGGAGUGCAUAAAGUCAGUGCACAUUUGCAGGCUUUGUUGUCUGAUGAGAGAUGCUUUAGUUGCGGGACUCCAGCAAUAUGCUCAGACUCAGCUAUGCUUCUAUAGCCAAUAAAUAAGCCAAUUUGAAUGUUUGAGUGUAUUUAGCUUCAUGGCUAGGCUAUCCCACGCCUACACCAAACCUUUGCUUACAAAGUAUUUAUUACCGAUAAGUGACAUUUUAAUUGAAUCACUCAAUCUGUGAAUAAGGGAGUCUUAACCAGAAAAGGAGACCUUUACCUGUUUCUAAAGUAAAAUGGGAGGGGACUGCCGAGGAAUGCAUCUAUGCACAUGGACUAGAUAUCCAAAUAUGCGACUCCAGGACAUCAAAAUAUAUUUAGGGGCAUUCCUUAUGCUGUACUUGGUGUUUUACACCGAAGCCACAGUCUCCAAGUCCUGUGAUAAAAAUUGCUUUUCUGGGAAAUGCAUCAAUGGAACUUGCGUCUGUGACCAAGGAUGGGUUGGAGCCCAGUGUCAACACUGUCAGGGAAGAUUCAAGUUAACAGAGCCAUCAGGUUCCCUCACAGAUGGACCAAUCAACUACAAGUACAAGACUAAGUGCACCUGGCUGAUCGAGGGCUACCCAAACGCUGUGCUCAGGUUGCGCUUCAACCAUUUUGCCACGGAAUGUAGCUGGGACCACGUGUACGUCUACGAUGGAGACUCCAUCUAUGCACCUCUGGUUGCAGUAUUCAGCGGUCUUGUUGUCCCGGAAACGAGAGGGAAUGAGACUGUUCCGGAAGUGGUAGCCACCUCUGGAUAUGCACUGUUGCACUUUUUCAGUGACGCUGCCUACAACCUGACUGGAUUCCACAUCUCUUACUCGGUCAACUCGUGCCCCAAUAAUUGCUCCAGUCAUGGGAAGUGCAGCACGGGAAACUCCAUCGCCAGCCGGGUGUACUGCGAGUGUGAGAAGUACUGGAAGGGCGAGGCCUGUGACAUCCCCUACUGCAGGAACAACUGUGGCAGCCCCGACCAGGGCUACUGUGACCUUACUGGGGAGAAGAGCUGUGUCUGCAACGACAGCUGGCAAGGUCCAGACUGUGCUCUGUCAGUGCCAUCCACCGAGUCUUACUGGGUGAUGUCUAACGUAAAGCCCUUCAGCCAGUCCCUGGGCAGGGCCUCCCACAAGGCUGUGGUCCAUGGGAAACUCAUGUGGGUCAUCGGAGGAUACAGCUUCAACUUCAGCUCCUUCCACAUGGUGCUCAAUUAUAAUCUGGAAAGCAGCACUUGGGACGUGGUGCCGAUCAAUAGUGGUCCUCUGCAGAGAUACGGCCAUUCUCUGGCUCUCUACCAGGACGACAUCUACAUGUAUGGGGGGAAGCUGGAGGCUGGUUCAGGCAACGUGACAGACGAGCUGUGGGUCUUCAACAUCCCUAGUCGUACUUGGUCCCUGAAGAACCCCAGCAGCCUGGUCCAGGGACAGCCCUACGCCGUGGAGGGUCACUCCGCCCACCUGGCUGAACUGACCAAUGGGGAUGUGGUGAUGGUGGUUCUCUUCGGCUACUCCCCCGUGUACAGCUACAUCAGCAAAGUGCAGGAGUACAACAUCAGGACAAACUCCUGGCAGGUCCCUGAGACCAACGGGGCCAUCGUCCAGGGUGGCUAUGGCCACAGCAGUGUUUAUGACAGCUCCAGCAGGUGCGUGUACGUCCACGGGGGCUACAAGGCCCUGCCUGCCAACAAGUAUGGCCUGGUGGACGAGCUGUAUCGCUAUGAGGUCCAGACACAGACCUGGAUGAUCCUGAGAGAGAGUGGUCUGGCGCGGUACCUCCACACAGCAGUGCUGAGCAGUGGGACUCUGCUGGUGUUUGGAGGAAACACCCACAACGACACGUCCCUCAGUAACGGAGCCAAGUGCUUCUCUGCUGACUUCCUGGCCUACGACAUGGCUUGUGAUGAAUGGAAAGUCCUGCCCAGACCAGAUCUCCACCGUGACGUCAACCGCUUUGGCCACACCUCUGUCGUCAGCAAUGGGUCUAUGUAUGUGUUUGGAGGUUUCUCUGGUGUGCUGCUGAAUGACGUGCUGGUCUACACCCCUCCCAGCUGCCAGGCCUUCAGUGAGGAGCAGCGCUGUGCCAACGCCGGCCCUGGCAUCCGCUGUGUCUGGCUUAGGGACCACUGUGUCCCCUGGGACACCAGCCAUGCCAACGGCAGCGUGGCUGUUCCCUUCUGCCCUCCACGCACCAACAGUGCAGCCGAGAGAUGCUACAGGUUCUCCGACUGCGUCAGCUGCACAGCCAACACCAACGGCUGCCAGUGGUGUGAAGACAAGAAGUGCAUCUCUGCCUCCAACAACUGCACUGUGCUGACCCUGGAGCUAGCGCAGCAGCAUAGAGGUCCUCUGUCCCUGGCCCCUCCCCCUUCCAUGCUGUCUGAUCACCAGCUCUCUGUGUGGAAGCAAGGGGCCAAGAGGAUGGGACAUUCUGUGAGGAACUUCACCAAAUGCCAUGUGAGGAAUGAACAGAUCUGCAGCAAGCUGGUCAACUGUAAGAGCUGCUCCCUCAACCUCAACUGUCAAUGGGAGCUCCAGCAACAGGAGUGCCAUGCCAUCCCUGCUCAGCUCUGUGGAGAAGGCUGGCACCAUGUAGGGGAGGCCUGCCUGAGGAUCAACUCCAGCAGGGAGAGCUAUGACAACGCCCAGCACUACUGUAAGAACCUGGACGGGAACAUAGCCUCCCUCACCACCCCCAAGCAGGUGGACUUUAUACUGGACGAGCUGCAGAAGUACCAGCUACAGGAGAAGAAGAUAGCUCCGUGGGUGGGCCUGAGAAAGAUCAACAUCUCGUACUGGGGCUGGGAGGACAUGUCUCCCUUCACCAACUCCUCUCUGCAGUGGCUGACUGGAGAGCCCAGCGACUCAGGCUUCUGUGCCUACCUGGAGAGGGCAGAGGUGGCAGGGCUCAAGGCCAACCCCUGCACCGCCACCACCGACGGACUCAUCUGUGAAAAACCAGUCGUGAGCCCCAACCAGAGUGCCCGUCCAUGUAAGACGCCUUGCUCACUGCGCACCACCUGUGCCAACUGCACCAGCCAGGCCAUGGAGUGUAUGUGGUGCAGCAGCACCCAGCGAUGUGUGGACUCCAACGCCUACGUCAUCUCCUUCCCCUACGGACAGUGUCUGGAGUGGCAGACUGGAGACUGCGCCUCUCAGAACUGUUCGGGCCUGAGGACGUGUGGCCAGUGUUUGGAUCAGGCAGAGUGUGGCUGGUGUGGAGACCCCACUAACACAGGGAAGGGCCAGUGUAUGGAGGGGUCAUACCGCGGGCCCAUGAAGAGCCCCUCCAGACAGCCCAGAGACAGGGAGAGGGACAGAGACAUGGUGCUGGAGCUCGGUCUGUGCCCCAGAGAUAAAGGGUUUGACUGGGCCUACAUCCACUGCCCUGCUUGUCAGUGUAACGGCCACAGUACGUGUGUGAACGGCAGUGCUUGUGAGCAGUGCAGGAACUUGACCACCGGACCGCAGUGCCAGACCUGCAUGCCUGGUUACCAUGGCGACCCCACUAACGGCGGGAAGUGCCAGGCCUGCAAGUGCAACGGACAUGCCAAUCUGUGCCAGGUGUCAACAGGGAAGUGCUACUGCCAAACCAAGGGAAUCAAGGGAGACCAGUGCCAGCUUUGCGACUCCGAGAACCGUUACCUUGGCAACCCCCUCAGAGGAACGUGUUACUAUAACCUGCUGAUUGACUACCAGUUCACCUUCAGCCUUCUCCAGGAGGAUGACCACCACUACACCGCCAUCAACUUCAUGGCCACUCCUGAACAGAGCAACAAGAACCUGGACAUGUCCAUCAAUGCGUCCAACAACUUCAACCUCAACAUCACCUGGUCUAUUGGCUCAACAGCUGGCACCAUCUCUGGCGAGGAGGUGCCCAUCGUGUCCAAGACCAAUAUCCAGGAACACAGAGAUAGCUUCUCCUGUGAGAAGUUCAACUUCCGGGUCAACUCCAACAUCACCUUCUAUGUCUAUGUCAGCAACUUCUCCUGGCCUAUCAAGAUCCAGAUCGCCUUCUCCCAGCACAACAGCAUCAUGGACCUGGUGCAGUUUUUCGUCACCUUUUUCAGCUGUUUCCUGUCCCUUUUGCUGGUGGCGGCAGUGGUGUGGAAGGUCAAACAGACGUGCUGGGCGUCCAGGAGGAGAGAGCAGCUCAUGCGGGAGCGACAGCAGAUGGCCAGCCGUCCCUUUGCCUCGAUUGCUGUGGCGCUGGAUGUAGGUGUCGACCAGGAACAGGAAGAGCUGCUGCAGGGGCUGGUGGAGGGUGUGCCCAAGCCUAUAGCAGUGGAGCCAUGUUGGGGGAGCAGGGCCGGCGUACUGACCGUCCUCAUGUGUCUGCCCAGAGUCCCUUCAGGAAUACCUCCACCUGGCCAGUCUGGCAUUGCCAUCGCCAGUGCCCUGAUCGACACCUCACAGCAGAAACCUGGAGACUUCAGAGACAAGUACCAUGGCCUGAAGAACCGCAAACCGCACGCAGUAACGCAUCAGGGGACCUGUGUUUGAACCGCCUGACCAAAAGGGGAGCCUGAAUACACCUGAAAGGACCGCAAACGCCUCUGUUUUCUGACAAGUUGUUGCUCUCUUUUUACCCGUCUCUCAACAGCACGGCGUGCUGAAGUGAACCUGAUGAUAACGGAAGCCCUUUAUUGUGACGUUGAGUGUCCGCUACGUGUGCCUCCUCACCUCCACACUCUGUAAUGGAGUUUAUCCAGAGUGACUUGUCUGCUCCCUGGUUGGGUCUCUGCCCAGCCCAGCUGGGGGGUUCUGCACAUCCCAUUGGCUCUCAGCCAGGAAGUUUGUAGUCUGCACUUCCUCCCUGUGGAUACAUCUCCUUAAGAGUUUAGGAGGAGCAGGUCGCCACUUGAGGUUUGACUGUCAUGUGACGUGAGUCUGAAAGAACAAUGCCAAGGGCCUCUUGCUGGUGAGAUAUGUGCUCAUUUUGAUACAAAGACAUUAGAGAGAAAAAAAGCUCCCUCGUGUUUUCUGUUGUGUUUUCUUUUAAUGUAUGGUCUGCCCAAUUUCAAUCCAUGCUAAAUAAACAGAGCAGCCUAUGGGUCUAGAAUAACUUGACUUGACUAUAUGAUGGCCUCACUCUGAGUUAGAAUAUCCUGUGCUGAAAGACGGUUCUGCACUGAGUUCCUCACAGUAUGCACCAAGAGCCUUGACUUAGCCUACCAGCAGUAGAGUAUGUCACGGGCCAAUGAAGAAGUUGGAUGCAAAGAACAGCAAAAAAAGAAAGAAAACUUGUAUAUCAGAAACGAAACCUGCCUGUGUUUAUUAUGUUAAGGUCAUUGUCAAAGCGCAAUGGCAUAACAUGUAUUCUGGCAUUCAAAUGCAUGUCCUUUCCAUGUUUCAUAGCUGUGAUGUUUCAACAUAUUUCUCAUUAUCUGUCAACACAUAUCCUUUAUACAUAUCAAGGUUUAUUUAAUUAUAGAUUUAGAAUAUAAAAUACUAUUUUAAUUACUACUCAUAUUGUUUUAUUUUGCCAUCUUUUAUUGUGAAUGAUUGUGUUUCUAAUGAAAUGAUGAAGACAAUACGAUCAUAAAAGGUACUUAGUUAUAACGUUUUCUUGUACAGUAUGUUAAUAAUAAAAAAUAAUAAAACAAAUAAUAUUAAUUUAACCUCAUCCAGGACCAUUAAUUUGUUUUACACACUUACUCAGCUACAAUCAUGCAACUCGAUUCAGCCUAUAACAUUCUCAGGCCCUGUUCCAAAUUGCUACAUUCAUUUCCUUUCCUACUCUCUGGGAUUACUUCAAGUAAGAGAGGAAGGAAGCAUGAAUUUUUUCUAAGUAUUGGAAGAUAACCUCAGUCAGGGUGUGGGUCCUGUGGGUCCUUCAUCCCACAGUAUCAUAUGAAGAAAUCUUUUUUUGUUUCCAUUUUUAGAUUUCUUUUACUUAUUUUUGGCAUUUGGACAGUUUGACUGUUUUCUCUGUAUCACUUUGAAGUUCAUUGUGUUUACACUUUUAUCCGAAGCAUCCCAUGUUCUGUCGCAUUUUGUUCUGUCUUGUAAAUCAUUGUAAACGUAACCUAAUAAAUGGUUUACGCUUUUAAAUGUACAUAAGAAAUGUAUAAAUGUGAGAAAUCUGAUGUUUUCCGUUUAGGUGAACACUACAUGUAAUGUAUCUUACACCGAUCUGUUGAAAUGUGUAUGAAUGAAGAGCUGCUCACCUCAUUAUUUUCUUCAUAUGGGCAUAUUGUGUAAAGUUACAAAUAAACAUUUUGAUGCUUCUUCAUACUGUAA